CUUCUUCUUCCUUCUCAAUAGAAAGCUUCAACAAUGAAGUGAAUCAGCUAAAUUACACCACGAUCCUAAACAUGUUUCUAUCAUCUUACCGCGCUCGCUUAGCUCUCCUCGCUCUCCUCUCCGCCUCCACUCUCUACUGCUUCUACAAAUCACGCCGUCUCAAACGCCUCAAACUCAAAACCUCCUUAAACCCUAACGCUAAUACUAACGUCGUUACUUCUUCUAACACGCAUAAUAAAGGUAAGCUCUUAUUUAUUUCACAAACAGGAACCUCUAAAACCCUAGCGCAACGCCUACAUAUUUUGUUUGAGUUAAAUGAUGUUUCAUUUGACCUAAUUGAUGCCAAAGGCUAUGAACCUGAAGACCUUUGCAAAGAGAAUUUAGUGAUAAUUGUCGCUUCUACGUGGGAAGACGGGAAACCGCCUUUGAAUGGUGAUUUUUUAGCGAAUUGGCUUGCGGAGAGUGCUGAAGAUUUUAGAGUUGGUUCUUUGUUGCUUUCUAAUUGUAAAUUUGCAGUUUUUGGUGUUGGGAGUCGAGCUUAUGGCGACAAUUUUAACGCUGUCGCGAAAGAUUUUUCUGGGCGAUUGAAGGCAUUGGGAGCUAAAGAGAUUGUUGCAAUUGGGGAGGGUGAUGUGGAUGGAGGUGAGCUGGAUGCGGUUUUUGAUGAGUGGAGUGGAAAUGUAGUUAAAGUUCUGAAAGGAGGGAGUUUGGAGAAUGGGUUUAUUGGCUGUGAGAGUGAUAACGAGGAUGAUGUUGUUGAUUUUGAAAGUGAUUAUGAUGAUGAGGAGAAUGGUGAGGUGGAGUCAGGAAUUGUUGAUCUUGAGGAUAUUGCAGGUAAAGCGCCUUCAAGGAGGGCGUCUAGUAAAGUAGUUAGUGAAGCUAAUGGGAAGUUAAAUGGCCCAAAAGAAAUGGUGACUCCUGUUAUCAGAGCCAGCUUGGAAAAGCAGGGGUAUAAGAUUAUUGGUUCACAUAGUGGCGUUAAAAUUUGUAGAUGGACCAAAUCCCAACUUAGAGGUAGAGGAGGUUGCUACAAGCACUCAUUUUAUGGAAUUGAAAGUCACAGGUGCAUGGAAGCAACACCUAGUUUGGCUUGUGCCAAUAAAUGUGUGUUUUGUUGGAGGCAUCAUACAAAUCCUGUAGGAAAGAGCUGGCAGUGGAAGAUGGAUGACCCUCUAGAAAUUGUGAACUCUGCCAUUGAUCAGCAUAUGAAGAUGAUUAAACAAAUGAAAGGGGUUCCUGGUGUUACACUGGAGCGACUGAAUGAAGGGUUGUCUCCAAGGCAUUGUGCUUUGUCACUUGUUGGUGAACCUAUCAUGUAUCCUGAAAUUAAUACACUUGUGAAUGAGUUGCACAAAAGAAGGAUAUCAACUUUUCUAGUGACAAAUGCUCAGUUCCCAGAAAAGAUCAAAAUGCUAAAGCCUAUUACCCAGUUAUAUGUCAGUGUUGAUGCUGCAACAAAGGAGAGCUUGAAGGCAAUUGAUCGGCCAUUAUUUGGGGACUUCUGGGAGCGCUUUAUUGACUCCUUGACAGCUCUUAGGGAUAAACAGCAGCGAACUGUGUAUCGAUUGACACUGGUGAAAGGAUGGAAUACUGAGGAAGUAGAUGCUUAUUUUAACCUCUUUAGCAUUGGACAACCUGAUUUCAUUGAAAUUAAAGGCGUUACAUACUGUGGAACGUCUGCUACAUCAAAGUUGACAAUGGAGAAUGUGCCGUGGCAUGCUGACGUCAAAGCUUUUUCAGAGGCUUUAUCUCUUAAAAGUAAAGGGGAAUAUGAGGUUGCUUGUGAGCAUGUCCAUUCAUGCUGCGUCCUCUUAGCAAAAACUGAGAAAUUCAAAGUUGAUGGCCAAUGGUUCACAUGGAUAGACUAUGAAAAGUUUCAUAAUCUGGUUGCUUCUGGAAAACCAUUCAAUAGCAAGGAUUACAUGGCUGCUACACCUUCUUGGGCUGUUUAUGGAGCAACAGAAGGUGGAUUUGAUCCUGAUCAGUCUCGCUAUAGAAAGGAGCGACAUCAUAAAUCAAGCCGUUGACAGACCAGGUUAGAGUUUUGAAUGAAUACCAAAGAUGUUGAAAGCUUUCAUUCUUGGCCAAUUUUUAGGCAAACUUCACACCUGUAUAACAAUUUUGCAUUACAUAGCUAUAGAUGAUUAGUAGUUUAAAUUAUCUUUGUUUUAAAAGGUUGUCCGAGUUUCAUAAAUUGAUUAAAGGUUGUAGUUCUGUAUUUCAUUAGAGGUCAAUUAUGUAGUUAGCUCAAUUGAAUUGAGAAUUUACAAAACCUGAAAAUGUUUUUGGGGGAGCAUGGUCAUAAUAUUCUGGUCCUCGUCAUGGACAGAUUCCAGCAA